CCGCAGCCGCGCUCUGGGAGAGCCCAAUACUGCCGGGGAGCAGGGGAGCUCCCGGUGGCUGUGGCCGCGCGGAGGGGCGGGGAGGCGGCAGCCGCUCGCUCCUUCCGCCUCACCGCCCUUCAUGGCCCUGCUCUGAGGCGACGUCAGCCGCUGAGGUGCGGCGGAGCGCGGCUCUAGGGCCCACCCCCUCCACCCCCCCGCAGGAGCCGUGGUCUCGGCCGGAAGCGGCGGGCGGUGCCCGGCGCCGAGCUCCGGCGGUGGAGGCGCUGGCGGCCGAACAAUAGUGGAGCGCGGCGCUGGGGCGGGCGGCGGCGGGGAACGGCGCGGCGGGCACUAUGAACGAAGAGCAGUUUGUGAGCAUCGACUUGGACGAUGACAACGUCUGCAGUGUCUGCAAGCUGGGGACUGAGAAGGAAACGCUCUCGUUCUGCCACGUUUGUUUUGAGCUGAACAUCGAAGGAGUACCAAAGUCAGAUCUUCUACAUACAAGAUCUUUAAGAGGGCACAGAGACUGCUUUGAAAAAUUUCACUUAAUAGCAAAUCAGGACUGUCCACGAUCAAAACUCUCUAAAAGUCCAUAUGCAGAAGUAAAAAAUAUCUUGAGCAAAAAAAUUAACUGGAUCAUACAGUAUGCACAAAACAAGGAUUUAGACUCUGAUCCUGAAAGCUCAAAAACAUCCCAGCACCAGCUUUUUAACUUCAGACAUCAGACUGAUAGAAAAUUACUCCCACAGUUUGACUCCCCAGUACCUAGAUACUCUGCAAAAUGGAUAGGUGGGAAUUCUGGAGGCAUCUCAGGCUGCUCACAGACUCUUUUGGAACAAAGAGAAUCCACUGAUUUCAGACUUGGUGUGUUACAAGAAACAGGUGCUACCUUCUGCUGCAGCAGUGUUUUGUGGUCUAAUCACAACCAAGUCCAGAAAGCUGAAAAAGCUGAAGGUGAUUCACUUCCCAGUGUUCAUAGAAGGCAUCCUCAAUACAGCAGGGAAGAAUUGACUAUGAUGACUUCUGGAGAGUUAAAGCAACUUAAUGAAAAACUGCUCAAGCAAAUCCAGGAUGUGUUUGAAGAGCUGACGCAGCAAGUUCAAGAAAAGGACUCUUUGGCCUCAGAGCUCAACGUCCGUCAUAUUGCAAUUGAGCAGCUGCUGAAGAAUUGCUCCAAACUGCCAUGUCUACAGAUGGGACGAGCAGGGAUGAAAUCAAAUGUGCCCAUAUAAAGGGGAUGGAACUUCUACCCCCUAUAGAGCUAACUUUCCCUAACAAACAGCUUUGUUAACCAUUAAGUACGGCUGCACAGAUAUUUAGAAGCUUUUGAGGAAACUUGGGCAGCUUUCUCUUUGCAUUCAUAAUCCAUGAGAAGUCUUAUUCCUCUUCGGUUUUAACAAAAAAGGCAAAUGUUUUAGGUAUUAAAAUCUACUGUAAUAAGGUUUAUUCAUAGUUAGGGAUUUUUUUUUUUUUGCCCAUAACUACGCAUGAGCCUUGACCUGAAUUCUGUGUUUUGUUGAUAAUAAAAUUGUUUCUAACAAAGAAUGACCUGAAGCCUGUAAACCUGCCUCCUUCAUACAGAGGAAAAAUAAAAAUUUGAGUUUUGAUCAGGUCUGAUCAUAUUACAUUCUAGAGAGCUUUAAGGGGAGAACAGUAUUAAUGAAACUCAUGGGGUUUUAUUUAUUAUGAGCAGUAUUUUAUUAUUGAAAUUUUAUACUAAAUAAAUAUCACUAUUUUAGGUACUUUUCCAGAUCUCUUUAUAAAAUGUCUGAAUUACUCUGUGUAAUGUUUAUGCCUUGUGUAUGAUUGUUUAACCUUAACCUUUUUCAGGUCUGUAUCUUUCAUGAUACAAUUUAAAAAAAAAAGAACCCAACUUGUUUCCCAAAGAGAUGAAUUUUGCGUGUUAAAAAAAUGUGGUGGUGCAUCACUUAUUUUUAUUAGCUUUAUAACUGAAGAAUUUGGUUCGUGAGAGAUGUUUAAAAAAAAAACACAGCACUUCCUUUAAAUUUUAAAAAAAAAUCCAUACUUUGGUUUUAACGCAUAGAAGUUGUUUUAUAUGUGAAAUUGUCAAUGCUGAAAAAUUACUUUGAAGAAACUAAAUAAAUUUGUAAUACUAUA